CGUUACACCACACUAGGUUUCCCUAAUAAGUGCAAUAUGUCCAUCUCUAUAUUAAUAAAAGAAAAACGCGAAAAUACAUAAAAAGAAAAAUAAAUACAUACAUAUGUCUACUGCGAAAGUCUUCGUGGGCAGCCUGCCGUCUGGCUGCAAACCGGACGAGCUCAGACGUCUUUUUGCAAAUUAUGGAGUCGUUGAGGCAGAUGUUAUGAAUCGAUGUGGAUUCGUACAUUUAGAGACUUCCGACAUGGCCGAUGCAGCCAUAGCUGCCCUCAAUGGAACUCUUUUUAAAGGCGUAUCAAUUGUAGUUGAGGCCGGCAGGCCAAAAGAAAGAAGCAGAAAUGGAGCCGGCAGCCGUGUCCCGCCAAGUGUCGGUGGGGGCUCGGGGCGCAGAUCCUUGGAAGGUCAAAGUGGUGCCUCAAACCAUAGGCGCGAUGGCGGUGGGAGCGCGGGUGGUAGAUAUGGCAGUGAAGGUGGAUUCAAAUCGAAUGGAAAUCAAUUUGGGCCCAUAAGGAAUGAGACAAAUUUUAGACAGCAGCGCAAUGCGCCAUACAGCAAGGGACCACCACAGCAGACGUCGAACGAGUCCCCUCAAGGAUAUAGGAACAAAUUCAGUGUUGGAAGUAAUGGUGGAAGAAACGGUGAUGGUGGUCGCUUUAGCAGCAACCGGUUUCAACACAGGGAUAAUAAUGACGGUGCAGGAUCUAGCAGUGCCAAUAGAGGAGCUUCACAGGGGCAAAGGAGGAACAUAAAAAACAGUCCAUCGAAUAACAAUAACGACUUUCUUGCUGGAAACUCUAGCUUUAAUAAUCCGAGGGGGGGCACUGGUGUAAGACAAGACCGCCGCGGUUUCGCCUUGCCAGUGGAGCAGCAGCAGAUGACCUUUGGUGUGCAGCAAAAUCGCUUUCGCAAUGGCAGCAGCAGUGGCAAUCGCAACAGUUCCGGAGUGAACGGUGCUGAUCCGCAAGGUAGACGUGGCAGCUACAAUGAACGCGGUGGAUUUAAUGCCAGACGUGGUGCAGCCAACAAUGAGCACAACAGACCACAGCGUCCAGGAGGCGCCUCCAACAAGCCUGGAGCAGUAGAUCGGCACGAUCAGAGUGGUUUGCAUGCAUCAUAUCAAACAGAGUUUCCUCCAUUGGGAAGGCAAGAAAGGCGGCCGUGGGGGAGGGGCAGUUCAUCGAAACCGUUUCAACGGGCCCAGACCGGGACCAAAUAAUAUGGGCGGAAAUAGAAGAUUUUGAAGAGCUGCAAAAUAGUUAUACCGUUUGCAAUGCUUCGGCAACUCAAAUUAAUAUUGUAAUAGCCAAAUUUUGUUUUCCAUUGUCUCGUGCGCCCUUCACCUUUAAUUUAAGCAUACAAGUUUUUUUUAGUUUUUUUUCAUUCGCCCGAAUGCAGUACUUUUAAGCCCGCAUCAACAGUAUAUGUAUUUGUUAUCUGUAGCUAAGAUUGUUACAAUAUUUACCGCAAUACUUAAAUAAUCAUAUAAAUUAUGUGCAACUUGA